GGAGAGCUUCAUAACAAAUUAACAGGUGUGAUCCUCCUGGCUGGCUCUGUCAGUCCAGCUCACCCCCCUCACCAAUCAACCACGCGCCUUUCGUUCUCUUUAACUUCACUUUAAAACUACAUUUAAACAAAUCGGAACAAAUGAUGCAUUCGGCACAGAAAGACACCACCUUCACCAAGAUCUUCGUGGGAGGUCUUCCUUAUCACACCACGGACUCCAGCCUCAGAAAGUAUUUCGAAGUGUUUGGAGACAUCGAGGAGGCUGUGGUUAUCACCGACCGACAGACGGGGAAAUCCAGAGGUUAUGGAUUUGUAACCAUGGCAGAUCGGGCCUCAGCUGACCGAGCAUGUAAGGACCCCAACCCCAUUAUAGAUGGAAGGAAAGCCAAUGUGAACCUGGCCUAUCUGGGGGCCAAACCCAGGGUCAUUCAACCAGGUUUUGCAUUUGGUGUGCCUCAGAUCCACCCUGCCUUCAUCCAAAGACCAUAUGGGAUCCCGGCCCAUUACGUCUACCCUCAGGCCUUUGUUCAGCCCAGUGUGGUGAUCCCUCAUGUACAACCUUCUGCUGCUACGGCAACAGCCGCCGCUGCUGCUGCAACCUCCCCAUACCUUGACUAUACUGGAGCGGCUUAUGCCCAGUAUUCUGCUGCUGCCACUGCUGCAGCCGCCGCCGCAGCUGCCGCUUAUGAUCAGUACCCCUACGCUGCCUCGCCGGCGCCCACAAGCUACAUGACUACAGCCGGGUAUGGAUACACCGUCCAACAGCCGCUCGCCACUGCUGCAACACCUGGAGCCGCUGCAGCUGCUGCAGCCUUCAGCCAGUAUCAGCCACAGCAGCUCCAGACAGAUCGCAUGCAGUAAAACCACAAUGGUCACCUUUUUCUACCGGCAUUUUUAACUGUUCACCAAAGAGCUUGAAGAAAAAAAAAGCGAGAAGUGACUCUUUUAUCCAAGUGCGAUCAGUAUUGGAUGUAUAUGAAUAUUUAAUAUUUAUUCAGCAUUAGAAUAUUUCAUGUUAAAUGAACAAAAUUUGCUUGACCUUCCGUGAACUGUUGCUGAGAUUUAUUUAUACAGUCUGGAAUCUUUUAUAUGACACUCCCAAAUUAUAUUUUAUGAUCAGGUCUUUUUUUUUUCAAUAAAAAAAAAAAACACACACACAAAAACACUCAAAUACAUGAAAAGAGUGGGUCAUAUGAUCACCCACUUCUGUAUUUCAUAGUUUUGGACCAUUAUUUUUUUUAACGGUUUGCAAAGAUUAAGACAGAAGUACAUAUAUUGUUAGAGGGAUUUGUUAAACAGCAUUUAGAGAGAAAUAGGGUACUUUCCCCUUAAUGGUUUGCUUUAAAUUGUAUUUUCUUGAUGGCACAUAUGAAAUAUGACAACAGAAAGCUGGUAAAAGCACUCACCUUUUCUUCCCUUUGCUUAAGCAAAUUGGAAGGAAAAAUCUGCUAAAUGUGAAUCUUAUAUUUUGAUAAAAUAUUUCCACUGUGUGCCUUUUUAAAUUAUGCUAUUUAUGUAUUUAUUCAGGAGCCUUAGAGCAAUAAACGCUUUAUUUAACAACACACGUAAGUAUAAGGCCUGCUGUUGAACAUGUCCACAUGUCCUGCUGCAUUUCUCAUGAUCAAUAGCAUGUAAUGUUGAAGUUAACCUGGUAUAACUGAGUACAGUGCUGUAUAGCAAACAAAUAUGUAAGCAGGCGCUAUAAAUUUAAAGCCUAUUUUUGUUGUUUUUCUCUAGUUUUUAUGUUUUUUCUAAGGUUUGUGUCUCUUAAACAUAUCUUUUUAUACUUGGCCUGUUUGAUAAGGACAGGGCUUAAACUGCAUGAACUGUUAACUUGUUGACGUCUCUUGUCUUUUGACAUUAAAGGUUUUCAAAUCCAGGUAUAACGGCUGUUUAUCUUGGAAUGCAUGAUUCCAAAUAAGGCACUUUGGGAAAUAGAAUAAAAUGUUCCUCAUACUGA